GCAUGAUCUCCAAAACAUUCCGCAAGGUUCACGCCUGCUCUGUUAGCAACUUCGGCACCAAUACUCACAAAAUCUCCCAAUGGAUACGUGCAAAUGGAGGAGAAUACUACAAAACCAUCAGCACAGAUGUCACUCACUUAAUUUGCCCUGCUGAAAAGUUUCGAGGGAAUAUCCCUGAAGUGGAGCAGGCCAAAAAACUGGGAUCUAUUCAUAUCGUUUCCUAUGACUGGCUAGAAGAUUCCCUCUUGUCCAAGACUCGCAAACCGCUUCCAGAGGCGCCGUAUCUUUGGGAGAACAUCUUGAAAGACAACAAGCCAACCGUCCAGCAGGCGAAGAGGAAUGGUAAAAACCAAAAACAGAAGUCGAGAUUUUCUGCUAAGAAAUAUCCUGGUAUUUUUCUACGCGCGCUGGCGGUUCGGAAGAACUAUGGCCCGCAGGGCCAUCUUUUCCGUACUAUAGAACCUGGGGAUGUUGAACCACAUGUCUACGCUGCCCAUGUUAAAUAUAGCUGGGUUAGAGUGUCCAAAUCCAAGCUCCUAACUCCCGUUGGUGUUCCCCUAGAUAGUGCUCUGCACGCCUUCAAAGAAGGGUUCAAAAAGGAAACGGGCAAGGAAUGGGAUGAGAGGGCAGAUAGUGCUAUACCUCCACCUAAGAGGGAUAGUAAUGGAAAGCUACUUCCUUCUCACGAGGGUUGGUUCUCCUAUGAUGAUAGAUCAGGCUUGCUGUCUAGUUUUCUUCGGCAGGAUUACUGA